AUUUCAGGCUUUCAGCUGUUCUUGUUGCUGUUUACUUUUGUAGUAAUAAAAACUGACACCCAGCACGUGAUCUUGCUCAUGCUCUCUCCCAUGGUGCUUUAAUUCGCCUCAAUCCACGCGCCAUUUUCUCUCUCAUUCUCUCAUCUUCCUUCUUCUACGUUCUUUCACACUCGCUCUUUGCUUCUUGCUCUGUGUACUAAAAAACGUGGGGAGGUUUGAGGUUUCGCCCGCUAGAUCUGCCUCUUCAGGGCAAAGGAAAUGGGUAUCAUAUCCAGAAAGCUUUUCCCAGCAUGUGAGAGUAUGUGUGUUUGCUGCCCUGCUUUGAGGUCAAGAUCUCGGCAACCUGUUAAGCGUUACAAAAAACUGCUUGCAGAGAUCUUUCCUAAAUCCCUCGAUGGCCCCACAAGUGAAAGAAAAAUUGUUAAGUUAUGUGAAUAUGCCGCAAAAAACCCUUUUCGGAUCCCGAAGAUAGCGAAGUAUCUUGAAGAAAGGUGCUACAAAGAACUGCGAUCUGAGCACAUCAAGUUCAUCAAAAUUGUUAUGGAGGCCUACAAUAAGUUGCUUUGCAUAUGCAAGGGGCAGAUGGCAUAUUUUGCUAUUAGUUUGCUGAAUGUGGUUACUGGACUUUUGGAUAACUCUAAGCAAGAUGCAGUACAGAUAAUUGGAUGCCAAACAUUAACAAGGUUCAUCUAUAGUCAGGCAGAUGGCACUUACGCGCAUAACAUUGAAAAGUUGGUUCGCAAAGUAUGUGCAUUGGCUCAUGAGAAAGGGGACGAACAUCAAAGGCACUGCUUAAGGGCAUCCAGCUUGCAGUGCCUCUCAGCCAUGGUUUGGUUUAUGGGACAGUUCUCACAUAUUUUUGAUGAUUUUGAUGAGAUUGUACAUGGCGCUUUAGAUAACUACGAGCCUGAUGCUCAUAAUGAAGGUGAUGAUGAGAGGGGGGAGCCGCAUCAUAAUUGGGUGGAUGAAGUAGUUAGAUGUGAAGGCAGAGGUGGUGCAGUUGCAAGUUGUGAUACGAGCCCUAGUUGCAUGAUCACGAGGCCACGACCAGAAAAGAAGGAUCCUUCUCUUUUGACAAGAGAAGAGAUUGAGACUCCUAAAGUAUGGGCACAAAUUUGUAUCCAAAGAAUGGUUGAAUUAUCCAAGGAGAGCUCAACAAUGCGCAGUGUAAUGGAUCCAAUGUUUGUUUAUUUUGAUUCGGGACGGCACUGGAUUCCUCGGCAGGGCUUGGCUAUGAUGAUUUUAUCUGAUAUGUCGUACUUCAUGGAGAGUUCUGGGAAUCAGCAGCUGAUUUUAGCUUCCUUAAUACGUCAUCUGGAUCACAAAAAUGUUGCACAUGAUCCCCAACUAAAGUCUUAUGUCAUUCAAGUUACUACUGCUUUAGCUAGGCAAAUUAGAUCAGGAGUUGUUCUAGCAGAAAUUGGAUUUGUUCGUGACCUAUGCAGGCAUCUGAGGAAAAGUCUUCAAGCAACAGUUGAAUCAGUUAGCGAGCAAGAUUCAAGCUCAAAUAUUUUACUGCAGAAUUCAAUCGAAGACUGCUUACUUGAAACUGCAAAAGGGAUUGCCGAUGCACGACCACUUUUUGACCUGAUGGCAAUAACACUGGAGAAGUUGCCAUCUGGAGGUGUUGCCAGGGCAACCAUUGGAUCGUCGAUGAUUCUUGCUCAUAUGAUCUCAGUAGUAUCAGCCUCUUCACGUACUCAACAGGUCUUUCCAGAAGCCCUUCUUAUUCAACUGUUGAAAGUGAUGUUACACCCAGAUGUUGAAGCACGAGUUGGAGCACAUCAGAUAUUUUCUGCGCUUUUAUUUCCAAGUUCUAAUCAUCCCCUUCAUGAAGUUGCUUCUUUGAGAAGUAGUUUUCUACACCAACCAAGAAGAUGGCACUCAAAUACUGCAUCUGCAUCAGUUACAGCUCUACUUGAAAAGCUUCGGAGAGAAAAAGAUGGCACCAAGGUAGAAAAGCAUGGGAAUAAUGUUCAUGAUGAUUUUAAAGAAAGGGACAUAGUAGAAGAAGACUGGAAACAGGGGUGUGCUCGCAAGAAUUCCCCAAAUUUUUACAAAUUUAGCUCUAUUAUUGACAGGACGGCUGGGUCAACCAGAUUGUCUGAGGCGGAACCACAUAUCAUGAAGUUUAAUGAGGAUCAAAUGGCACAGUUGCUUUCUGCAUUUUGGAUGCAAGCUAGUCUUCCAGAUAAUUUACCUUCAAAUAUUGAAGCAAUAGGUCAUUCUUUCGUUUUGACACUUAUUUCUUCAGGUUUAAAGAAUAUGAAUGACAACCUUGUGAUCCGAUUCUUUCAGCUUCCCUUGUCUCUCAGGAAUAUAUCCCUUGACCCUAACAAUGGGAUCUUGCCUCCAGCAUGUCAAAGAUCUAUCUUUGUUUUAUCAACAGGCAUGUUGAUGUUUGCCGCUAAAAUAUAUCAGAUUCCUAAUCUGAAAGAUUUGCUCAAGACAUUAGUUCCACAUGAUGUUGAUCCGUAUCUAGUUAUUAGUGAUGAUCUUCAAGUAUAUGUGAAGCCUCAGGUGGAUAUCAGGGAAUAUGGAUCUGUUACUGAUAAUCAACUUGCUACAUCAUUGCUCUUUGAGUUGCGGAACAAGAUAUAUGAAUCUGAUAAUGUUAUAAUGGACAUUUUAGUUCAGAGUCUGUCUAGCAUUACUGAGCUGGAGGCAGAUGACCUGACUAAGCAACUGUCAGAAUCAUUCACACCUGAUGCGUUCAUGUUUGGUCCACAAUCCAUACUUGAAUUUGAUCACAAUCAAAUGGUUUCCCAUUCCCAGAAAUCACUGUCCUUUGAUGGGGAUUUUCCAAUGAAUUCACUAGUCACGGAUGAUGCAAUAAGUGAAGCAUCUGUUGCUGAUCUCUCUCGCUUCGUUCCAAAAAUGCAUUCUCCUCCAUCUAUGCCCCAUGUUAUCAGCAUUGGGCAGCUUCUGGAAUCGGCACUUGAGGUAGCUGGGCAAGUGGCAGGAUCAUCUGUGACUACUUCACCCCUCCCAUACAACACCAUGGCUAGCCAGUGUGAAGCCCUUGGCACAGGCACAAGGAAGAAACUCUCCAAUUGGUUGGCCCAUGAACAUCACCAAAGCAGGGCACUUGACAAAUCGCUCCCAGCAUUCGAAAAGAUAACAAGCAGCGGUGGUCCUGCUCAGGUAGGUGUGUUGCCACAUGACCCAUGGUUGGCAAUGAGGCUGCCUCCUGCCAGCCCCUUUGACAAUUUCCUCAGGGCAGCUGGAUGUUAGAAGAGAAGCCACAUUCUGUCUGUUUUGUGUUACCUAUCUGUAAAGUCUUUAGGCAGAAUUUAGAAUUAGUAGUUUAACCUUUAAUUCAAACUUCGAGAUUAUUUGGGGGCUUUCAUGCCAGCUUAUUAAUCCUUGUAUGCAUCAUCUUUGAAAAGACCCAAAAAAAAAAUCCAUGUAUUCAACAUGUUGUCUUUGUACUUCUAUUUUAUCCGGGGCAAAUAUUAGUACUAACAA